AUGCUUGUCUUGACUGUGUCUCCCACCCAUCACUUGCCUUUGACCCCAGAUGACGCAUGCAGGGCAGCGGUGCACAAUCCCUGUGCGGUGGGCACGUGUGUGAAUGACGGCAAGGGGUCGUACUCGUGCAUUUGCCCUCCGGGCUUCAGGCAGGGCACCACUGUUGAAGGCACCUUCUCCUGUGGUCCAGGCGACUCCAGCAGCACAUACACGGUGGUGUCGUGGGGUGUCACGUGUGCCGACAUCCACCCCGUCUACGGCCUCACUCUCGCCCAGCUCCAACAACAGAACCCCGGUCUGAGCUGCAGCGCUCCUCUUGCUGUCGGCACGGUGGUAAAAGUGGUUCAACCUGAUGACCUUGCGCCCUGCUCCGUCUACUACACCACGUCUGAGGGCGACACAUGCGAGUCGCUAGCGAAAUACUUCUCCCUCACCGCCGGCUGCACCAUUCCCACCGAGCCCUGCGCAGAGGCCUUCCAGGCCCUCAACCCCGGGCUGGACUGCUUUGGUGACAGCAACGGGGUGCUUCCGCCCAGCCAGGCGGUGUGUGUGGAGCGGCGGGCGGAGAGCGCAGCGGCGCUGCUCAUCCCGGUGUGCUCGCAGUUCUAUCUGGUGCAGGCCGGGGAGACGUGCGACCAGAUCCGCUCCGUGCCCUCCCCGCCGCUCUCCCCAAUUGACUUCUUCCGCCUCAACCCCGGCAUCAAGUGCAGCCGCCUCGUGCCCAAGACUGACGUCGCCAGCCUCACAGGCUUCCAGGCGUGCAUAGGCAGCUCGUUCAGCUUCACGCAAGGAGUGUGCCCCAAGACUCGCGCGUACGUGGUUGGGAGUGGCGACCGCUGCACUGGCCUGCAGGUCAAGUACUUCCGUGGAAUCAAAGGGUGUUACAAGCGGGUCAACGGCUACGAUUGCAUCGAUAAGCUCGUCAAAGCCACCAGAGUGUGCAUUCCGGACCAAGUCGAGAUCAAGGCCGGGAAAUGCGAACCAUGA